AUGCGCCCAUAUGAAAGAGACCUGGUGUCUCUCCCGGAAUGUGGCUCUCACCUUCUGCCGCUUGAACAGGUACUGGAUGCCACGGGACGAGAAGUUGUGGGCAACCCUGAGUUGCACCUGAUGUUGGAUGAGGCGCAAUGGGGAGAGAUUAUUGAGAAGGGAGAGACGGUCAGACCUUACAUGGAUGCCAGAUUACAAAGCGAUCCGCAGCUUUAUCAUGGUUUCAUCAAGGAUUUGUUGGACAAGGGACUCAUUGGAUUCACCAGCAGACCCAAAGAUCUAGUAACCCCCUUCUUUGUCGCAAAGAAGAACGGCAAGCUUAGAUUCAUUUUGGAUUGCGGGGCGGUGAACAAAAGAUUUCAUCCUCCACCGCCUCUGGCGAUGGCUGCAGGUAGCAUCUGGAGCUCGGUUGGGUUACCGCCUGGGGAGGUGCUAUACACGGCCCAGUCAGACAUCAGGCAUUAUUUUUAUUCCUUGGAGCUUCCUUGUGAUCUUUGCGAAUUUUUCUGUCUUCCAGCGAUACCACACCACUUGCUUCAGGCUUGGGGCCAUCAUUCCGCGGCCGCCUUCUCUGCAGAUGAGCAAGGAACCAGCGCGGAGAAAGUGCAGGAGGUGAAAGACAAAGUGGUGGAUCGAUUGAGGAGUACGGAGGAGUACGGAGGAGUACGGAGGAGUACGGAGGAGUACGGAGGAGCACGGAGGAGCACGGAGGAGUACGGAGGAGUAACUGCCUCCGAUGCUUCACUGAGUGGCAUGGCGGUUUGCAAGCGACCCAUGGAUGUUGAGGUCCAGUCACAGUUGGGUGGAUACAAGGCUCCAGCCAUAGCAAAGCGGAGUCGCAAGGGCAGCUCCAGAGCGAGGACCAAGGCGGAGAAGCAGCAGUGCCGGCAACAUCAGCUGGAAGCGCGGGUGGAUCCUCCACGUUUCCAGGCGCAGACACUCCUGGAGAAGGUGGCUGUGUCCCUUCCGGUGGCAAUCAUGUACCAAAAGCGCAUCGAGGAGCUGAAGUUUUUUGCGAAGUCACUCAAACUGAACUUAAAGACAAAAGCCAACUUCGAUGCCAUUUGUUGCAAGUUUGUGAACAACAUGUUCGAGCUAGGGUUCGACGUGCAAGACGGCAGCAAAACUCUGGCAGCCAUCGUCGAUGCCUAUCCAGACUUCGCCCCGAAGCACAUGCUGCCGCGCACAAGGAGAGCCUUGCAAGGAUGGGCAAAAUUGGAGCCUCAGCAAACCAGACCUCCAAUUCCAUGGCCCCUGCUGGCAUUGAUGGUGCUGACCAUGCUGAAAAGGAAGCAGAGGGCGACAGCCGGGGCAGUGCUUCUGAUGUUCACUGGCUAUCUACGGCCAGGCGAAGCGCUGGAUCUUCAGCGCCAAGACCUGGUUCGUCCUAUAAUGCCAGGAUCAAGACACUAUGCCCUUCAUCUGCAUCCAGCGCAAAGACAACAGCAAUCAAAAGUGGGGCUAAGCGACGAGUCCAUCCUGCUAGACAGCCCCCUCUUGCCUUGGCUGGGCGAUGCUCUGAUGAACAUAAUGACUCACCCGGCGUAUCUUUUGGACCUGACCUACAACAAACUGGUCAAGGAAUGGAAGCAGACUCUCAUUGCCUUGGGCCUAUCCGAAAAACAUGCAGUGCUGUACCAACUUCGGCAUGCAGGUCCAAGCUACGACCGGCAUCAGAGCCUUCAGACUUUGCCAGAGGUGAAGCAGCGAGGCAGGUGGGCUGCAGACAGCAGUGUGAGACGCUACGAAGCACACGCGCGAAUCAACCAAGAGUUCCACCUUUUGCCAAAGAACCUGCAAGACAGAUGCUUGAAAGCGGCCUCCAGCUUCCCAAGCGAGGCCCCAAAGUAUUUCGGCCUGUAGCCUUGAAUGAUGCCCUCAAAAAGGAUAUUGUGAUCGAGCUCUUCAGUGGUUGUGCCCGGCUCUCUUCAGCAUGUUCCUCUG